GGUGCGUUACUUAUCAUAGCUGCUAGUUCUACCAUGUACAAACUAGUAAAAAGGAGAAGAAACAGAAGGAUCAAGAAGAAAAUCUUUAAACGAAAUGGAGGUCUUCUGUUGGAACAGCAGUUACAUACUGAUGAUAGUGCCAUGGAAAGGACAAGGAUUUUUGCAGAAAAUGAGUUGGCUAAGGCCAGUGACCAAUUCAGUGAGGAUCGCAUACUUGGACGAGGUGGGCAAGGAACAGUUUACAAAGGAAUGCUAACUGAUGGAAAAAUUGUAGCAAUCAAAAAGUCAAUGAAGGUGGAUGAAAGCCAAUUAGAGCCAUUCAUCAAUGAGGUUGUCAUUCUUUCACAAGUCAAUCACAGGAAUGUGGUAAAACUACUAGGUUGUUGCUUGGAGACAGAAGUUCCUUUAUUGGUAUAUGAAUUCAUUCCUAAUGGAACUCUCUCUAGCCUCAUUCAUAAUCAUAUCGAUGAUGAGUUCCCCUUCACUUGGAACUUCAGAUUAAGAAUAGCAGGUGAAAUAGCAGGAGCUUUGGCAUAUCUACACUCGGCAAUCUCAAUUCCCAUCUACCAUAGAGAUAUUAAGUCCAGCAACAUACUUUUGGAUGAAAAGUACACAGCCAAAAUAUCAGAUUUUGGAACUUCGAGGUCCAUUGGAGCAGAUAAAACUCAUCUAACUACACUUGUUAAAGGGAUUUUCGGCUACUUGGAUCCGGAAUACUUUCAGUCAAGCCAAUUUACAGAAAAAAGUGAUGUCUAUAGUUUCGGAGUUGUUCUUGUUGAGCUCUUGACAAGGAAAAAGCCCAUAUCAUUUUCUGAAUCAGAAGAGGAUGGUCACUUAAACUUGGCCACAAGGUUUUUGACGAUGAUGGAUGAAAAUCGUCUGGACAGUAUCCUUGAUCGUCAACUUCUUGAUGAGAGCAUGGAGGAAGAGGUUAUGGCUGUUGCUAAACUGGCCCAAAGAUGCAUAGACUCAAAUGGGAAAAACAGGCCAACUAUGAAGGAAGUAGCCAUUGAGUUGGAAAACAUUCAAAGGGCGCCAAAUGGUUCAACUAUUCAAUCACCUAUUCACAGCCAUAUGUUCAGAGAACCUGAAUUUGUAUCGUUUGCUAACACAAAUCCUUCAUGGACAACUGAAAGCGAUACCAUUAGCUUCGCUGCUGAUGCUGAUCCAUUAUUAGAUUACAGGAUUUAA